CGCGCUCGCGCUCGCCCCCCCCCCCCCCCCCCCCCCCGCCCUCUCGCUGCGCUCGGCUGAGUCAGUCAGUCUGUCGGAGUCUGUCCUCGGAGCAGGAGGAGCGAAGGGACUUCCGAGAGCCAGCUGCCCGAUUAUUUUCUUUCCCCUCCCUCUCUCCCGCCCCACAUCUCUCUUCACCCCUCUCCUGCCCUUGCUCGCGCGGCCAUGGCGGAGCCGUCGGCGGCCACUCAGUCUCCGUCCGUCUCGUCGUCGUCCUCCGGGGCCGAGCCUUCGGCGCUCGGCGGCGGGAGCCCUGGAGCCUGCCCCGCCCUGGGGGCGAAGAGCUGCGGCUCCUCCUGUGCGGAUUCCUUUGUUUCUUCCUCUUCCUCUCAGCCUGUAUCUCUAUUUUCGACCUCACAAGAGGGAUUGAGCUCUCUUUGCUCUGGUGAGCCACCUUCAGAAAUUAUGACUUCCUCUUUUUCAUCUUCUGAAAUGCAUAACAAUGACCUUACAAUACUACACGGAGAAAAAAGCAAAGUGUCAGGCAGUCAGCCUAUUUUAGCCAAAGAAGGAAAAGACUCCUUGGCUCUCCUAGAUGUGAAAAAGAUGGAAAAGCCUCAAGAGACCAGUAAAGACCUAGCACACUCCCCAGAUUCUGUGGCAGAAGGAGUUCAGUGUAACCGUCCUUUCAUUCCGGCCAAUUUCCCAGAUCGUCCUGCUUUUCUCUCAAAGGAAAUGAGUCUACUGGAACAGCAAAUAAAUAAAGAUCAAGAGUCCAAGAACCCAAAUGAGGUACCAAGUACAGGCGGUAAAACUGAAUUGGAUGCUGAUGACAAGUUCACUUUGCUGACAGCUCAGAAACCACUGACCCAGCAGUCUAAGGCAGAAGGCAUUUGUAAAUAUUCCUUGUCCCCAUCUGAAGUUUCAGGAGGUGGUGUUGAAAAGGAUUCCCCUGAGUCACCAUUUGAAGUAAUUAUUGACAAAGAAGCAUUUGACAAAGAAUUUAAAGAUGUAUAUAAGGAGAGCACAAAUGAUUUUGGUAGCUGGGCAAUGAACACUGAUAAAGAAACAUCUGAAGACAUUUUAGAGUCUAAUGACAAAGUAUUUCCACUGAGAAGUAAAGAGGCAGGGCGUUACCCAACCUCUGCAUUGCUCACUAGACAGUUUUCACACACAACUGCAGCACUGGAAGAAGUGUCUAGAUGUGUGAAUGAUAUGCAUAACUUUACUAAUGAAAUACUGACUUGGGAUUUGGUUCCCCAAGCAAAAGAAGAGAGCUGUAAGUCUGACUACGUCACAAAAACCACAGGACUUGACAUGAGUGAAUAUAAAUCAGAAAUCCCAGUUGUAAAUCUUAAAACUAACACUCACCAGAAAAUUCCUAUACGUUCUAUUAAUGGGAACACUCCCAUCACUAAAUCAGCAGGUGAUUGGGCACAGGAAUCCCUCCCACAAGAAAAUGCUAACAUUGACAAACCUGUACCGGAUUGUCUCAAUUCCACAAAGGAAGUCAAUAUCAAAGGUGUGGGAGGCCAUGUGCAGAAACAAGAUAACACAGUUGCAGAGUUCCCUGGGUCUCCAUUUGACAAAGGUGUCUCUCGGGGUUCUGGAGUGGCCACCGUGAAAGUGGUUUUACCUGAUGGCCACCUGAAAGAUGAAAUGAACUGGCAGAGCGCUGUGUUAGGAGAAGUGACAGAAGCUGAUAGUUCUGGUGAGUCUGAUGACACAGUAAUAGAGGACAUCACAACCAGUGUUUCAUUUGAAGGUAAAAAAAUUCAGGCUGAAAAACCUGUUUCCAUUCCAAGUGCUAUUGUAAAAAGAGAUGAAAGAGAAAUCGAAGAGGCUUUCAAUUGCAAUAGGGAAAACAAAACAUGUGAAACCUUUGAAGGGCCAGUCAGUGACCCUGAGGCAGCACACGUUCAGCCUGAUAUUCCCGAAAGGAGUCCAGUGGGUGAGGCAGCAUGUUCACAAGUACGUGAUCUGAAGAUCAUGUCAGAAGAUGUGCAGCAGUCAGGUAGUAUGAGUGAAGCUGCUGCUGAAAAACAUGUUGCAACUGAGAACCCAAAGCAUCCUUCAGCUGUAUCUCCAGGUGUUCUUCAUGAGACAGAAUUCUCACUAAAUGUGACAACCUCUGCCUCUUUGGAGUCAUUACAUGAAAAAAAUGUUGAAGAUGUAGAUGAUUCUUCCCCAGAGGACCUGAUAGCAGCCUUUACAGAAACCAGAGAGAAAGGAAUCAUAGGUAAAGGUGAAGGGAAUGCCUUUGACGCAACAUCAGAGAAGACUAGGGACUUUAAAACAAGUCUUGCUGUGGAAGUCUUGCAUGAAAGUGAGUCAGGUGGUUCUGAAAUUAAAGACCGAAGAAGCGAACACAUGGAACAAAGCAAAGAAACAAAUGGAAGUGAGAUUCUGGGUGUUUUCCCUGCCCGAGGUACUCCAGUGGCAUCUCUUGACUUAGAGCAGGAAGAGCUCACAAUCAAAGCCCUUAAAGAAUUGAGUGAAAGGAGGACUGAGAAGUCAGCUUCUGUACAGGGUGAUGUAGAAUCUCCUCCUGAAGAAACACUCGAGCACACUUUCACAUGUGCUCCAGAAUCCUCUUGGCUUCAGAGAGCAUAUGAUGUCCUAGAACACACAGAAGUUAACACUGGAUCUGAUCUUGGGAUUUCCAAGAAGCCCACAAUUGUCACAGAAACUACUAGGGUAGAUAUUAUACCGAGCCUUAGUAAGACUGAAGUGGUAAACAAGCAAGUCCUAGCAAGACUUCUGACGGACUUCUCAGUAUGGCCAAGUAGGCUUUUACUGGAACUGAUCUUUCUGCAUAUAACUAUAUAUUCUGGACAAAAUUGGAAGGAAAAAAAAGAUCAGAAGGCCCUGGAAAAUGAACAAAAGCAAGCAGAUUCUGAAAAGGGACUGACACUUCCAAGAAGAGAAAACAUGGAAUCUGUUCUCCAUGUUUACUGCUCUUAGCCAGAUGACAGGCUGAAGUUGACACCCAGCAGAUUGGCUAAUAAAGCUUUCAUAGAAAACUUACGAGAGGACAGAAUUUGGGUCAGCCACAGCCAUUCAACCACUGAAAAGUAAGAGAAGGAAGAAUCCUGGAGAGGAAAGAUCCAGAGAGUGAGAGCCUAAACUUCUGUGUACAUACUCUCUGUAUACACCUCCAUUUAAUCCUUGAACUACACACAUGCUUGGAAGACUACAGGCAGCUCAGCUCUAGAAAAAAGAAGUGAACUAAGAUUGGAGAUGGUGCCCAAGAGGCAAGAGUUUGCAGUUUGAUGCACCAAAUUAGGUGCAUACUGAAACAAGUAUCAGCACUCUCCAGAGGAAUAUAACGGAGUCCAGAGGCUGUACAACGUAAUAUUCACAGUGUCCAACAUAUAAUGCAAAACUACGCAUUUUAAAAGCUGAGAAUAUAUGACCCGGUCUGAAGAAAAGGACAGUGAACAACAACUAACUUCAUUUGUUGGAAUUUGGAAACAAGAGUUUUAAGGCAGCUCUUACUAUGAAAUAGAGAAAAAUACAAGAGCCAAGUGGAGGUUUUAGAACUGUAAAAUACAGCUGCUGAAAUCAAAAUUCACUGAGUAGCCUUAACAGCAAAAUGGAGAUCACAAAGGGAAAGAGUCAGUGAAGUUGGUAACAGAUGAACAGAAAGUUAUCCAACCUGAAGAACAGAAAGAAAAAUAUAUUACUGAGCUUCGGAUACCUUUGGGAAAUUAUUAUAAGAUCCAACUCAUAUAAUUGGAAGUUUCAGAAGGAAAGGACAAUGAGAGACAGAAGUGAGAAUAUAUAUGAAGACAAAAUAGCAAAAGAAUGCCUCAUUAAACACACACACACACAUUUACUGAUUAAAGAAGCUUUAGCGGAAACAUUAAGAUAAGAAAAGAACCAUACCUUUGUACAUGUGUCAGGGGUUCCCAUGACCACCUUCAGGCUCAAUGAUUUGCUCGAAGGACUCAGGAUUGAGAAGCUGUUAUACUUACAGUUAAGAGUUCAUUGCAGCAAAAGGACAUAGAUUAGAAUUGGCAAAGGAGAAAGGCACAUGGGAUGAAGUCCAGGAGAAAGCAGGUGCAAGCUUUCUGGUGGCCAGAGGAGUCACACAGGGAUGCCCUUAAUCUUCCCAUCAGUGAUAUGACAGCAUGUGCAGUGUUGCCAAUAAGGGAAGCUAUACUCAGUGCUUGGUGUCCAGAAUGCCAUGCAGUGCCCACAUGGCUGACCCUAGCUACUCAGACCCCCAGAGUAAAACCAGAUGUUUGCCAUACAUCAUAUUGUUAGAAUAAACUCACCUGGUCACACUAGUACAGCAUGGCUCAAGUGCUCAGGCAUGCAAAAAAACACCAGCCAGAGUAGUCCAAGGGCUCAGAGUUCAUCUCCUAGGAGCCAGCCAAGGACCAGUCCUGAAGACUGACCUUUCUUUGGCAUGUACAGGGUUUGAGCAUUUGAGGCCUACUUAGUUAACCCUUUCUUUUACAGUAUUAUAGUCAAAUUACUAAAGCCAAAGAUGAGAAUAUCUUAAAAGUAACUAUAGAGCAAUGAAUGACAUAUAAAAGGGAAUGGCAAUUAUAAUUAGAGCUAGCUUCUUACCAGAAACCACAAAUGCUAGAAGACUGAAAUAACAUCUUCCAAAGUGUCAAACAGGGAAAAAAACGCCGACCCAGAUUUCUCUAUUCAGCAAAAAUACUCUGCAAGAAUGAAGGCAAAAUAAAGACUAAAUUAUUAGAUAAAAGAAAACUAAGAGUUUGUCACUAGAAGAUCUGCACUAUAAGAAACACUAAAGGAAAUCCUUCAGAUUAGAGUUGAUACCAACCAGAUAGAAACUCAGACCUCCAGGAAGGAAUAAAGAGCAUUAGAAAUGCUAAAUACCUGAAAAAAUACUAAAGGCUUAAUUUUUCGGGGUGCCUGGCUGGCUCAGUCAAUAGAGCAUGCAACUCUUGAUCUUAGGGUCGU